CGUUCCGGCAUAUGUGCAGUGCAAAUAUUAUUUGACUUUAUUUUUAACUGUUUGGAACGAGUCCAGCUACAGUAUCGCUUCAUUUCCCUGUGUACUUAAAAUAUCUACCCACAAAUCUAGAGCAGCCUAGACACUGCUGUAAUAAACGGAAAGAUGCAGAAUUGGAGAUUCUCCUUUCCUCGUCGUCUAGGAUGUACAUGCGUGAGCGAAGGAACUGCAGAACUGCUGCCUGAUCAUCCGAUCAGCUUGAAAACCUUUGGAAAGGUUUCUGCUCCUGCGGUCGCUUAUUAACCUUGAAUCACGAUGCAUGCCAAUCAGGUUUUGAUUGUCUUAUGUAUUUUGUAUUCAUCCCUGAGAAGGGGUUCGGCCGAAGUAUUUACGGCCAUCGCAGAUUUGGAGAAACUGCUGGAAAAUGAGCGUCUGGUGGUGGACACUCUGGAGAGAUUCUUGGAUGAAGAAGAACAACGUAUGGACCAGAUACGAAAAUACACGACAGAAUUGAAGAACAUCUAUGCCACCGCCAAUGAUAAUCUGGAAAAGUUCAUUGCUCAUCCUGUGAAUGUGUACCUUUUCGUCAAAAAACUCACUCUGGACUGGAAGCAAGCAGAGGAUUUGUUAAACCAGGCUUUGGGCCGAGUUUACCUUGAGGACAUAUAUGGUAUCCGAAGUGAUUCAAAUUAUCCCAUCCCCACCGAUGAAGAUCUGAACGGAGUGGCUGUGGCUUUAUCUCGACUGCAAGAUACUUACCGCAUAGACUCUGAAGCUAUUGCGGAAGGGCGAAUUAAAGGUGUCGCUAAAUCCCCGAGUUUAACGGCCUUGGAGUGCUUCGAAUUGGGAAAAGUUUUCUACAAUUUCAAAGACUAUGAUCACUCGAUGGAAUGGAUGCGAACAGCGUUGCACCGAAUGAAUGAAUACUUCAUGAUAAAUGAAACUUUCAGCAGAGCGGAUGUUUUGGAGUAUUUGGCGUUUAGUAGCUAUUUGAAGGGAGAACUGAACGAUGCAGUACGCUUCACUAGAGACAUUCUAGAUGUCCAGCCUUCACACGAACGAGCUCAGAAUAAUUUGUGGCACUAUAAUCAAGAGAUGGCGCUGUUGAAUUCCGGAAGAAAGAAAGGAGACGAUGGGAAUACCGUCGCGACAAAAAAACAGUUAAUCGAAAAGAAGUCUGAUAAAUGGGCGGAUGAAAGGCGGACGUAUGAGAUUUUGUGUCGUGGAGAAAAGCAGUUUAAACCUUCAGUUGACAAGCAUUUGAAUUGCUUUUUCACAGCGAACGACCCUUAUUUAUUCGUGCAGCCGGUGAAAAGCGAAUUGGUGCACAAAGAUCCAGAUGUUAUUAUUUACCAUGAUGUCAUAUCAGAUCGGGAAAUUGGAGUUAUCAAAUCUCUUGCCGUGCCGAGAUUACAGAGGGCCACUGUGCAGAAUGCUGUGACUGGCGAACUGGAAACCGCACAUUACAGAAUAAGCAAAAGCGCUUGGUUGAAAAGCACAGACGAUCCAGUGAUAGAUCGUGUUAAUAAGCGCAUUGCUGCCAUCACUGGACUGGACACUGAUUACGCAGAGGAGCUGCAAAUCGCUAACUACGGCAUCGGUGGACAUUAUGAGCCGCAUUUUGAUUUCGCCCGCAAAGCGGAAACAAAAGUUUUCACUAGCCUUGGCAUGGGUAAUCGCGUGGCCACAAUGCUGUUCUAUAUGUCAGAUGUGGAAGCCGGUGGAGCUACGGUAUUCCCCAAACUUAAUUUGGCGUUGUGGCCGAAGAAGGGGUCCGCUGCAUUCUGGUAUAAUCUCCACAAAAACGGUGAGGGCGAUGUCAGAACGCGACAUGCGGCGUGCCCCGUAUUGUCCGGUGUGAAAUGGGUUUCCAAUAAAUGGAUUCAUGAGUACGGACAGGAAUGGCAUAGACCGUGUGAAUUGGAACCGGAUGGUUACGAACCAGAAGAGAUGUAUUAACGUGGUGUUUGGGCUAACAUGACUGCUAUUUUGAUCUUUUAUGUUGUUCCUUGCGUAGCGCAUUUCUUAAGAUUGAUUUUGCUCUGCUGCUAAUGUGAUCUGUUCCUGUUCUUUUAUUGUUUUACUGGUUAAUUUUUUAUGAACGGUUCAAAAGUGAACACAGAUUGUUAAGACAGUUUACACUAAAUGGGUGAAUGAACAUCAUAAUUCGAAAA